AUGGGAUUGAGGAACCCAAAUAACACAGAGCAGGUGACAGAGUUCAUCUUAAUGGGCUUCCAGCUCCCCAGGCCCUUGGAGCUCCUGCUUUUCGUGGUGUUCCUUGCUGUUUUCCUCCUCACACUAGCUGGGAAUGUCACCAUCAUUGCACUGGUGUGCCUCAACCAGCACCUCCAUACCCCCAUGUACCUCUUCCUGGGCAACUUCUCCCUCGUGGAGACCUUGUUCGUCCUGUCCAUCACACCCAAGAUGCUGGUGAACCUGCUCUCCUCGGACAAAGCCAUCUCCAUCUUGGGCUGCAUCACCCAGUGCUACUUCUACUUCUCCCUCGGUGCUUGCGAGAGCAGCCUCAUCGCUGUCAUGGCCUUCGACCGCUAUGUGGCCAUCUGCUACCCACUCCGCGAUGCUGUCAUCAUGAACAGACAGCGCUGCAGCACCUUGAUGCUGGGCUGCUGGGUCGGCGGGUUCCUUGCUCUCUUUGGCCCGAUGCCUUUCCUGCUCCGCCUGCCCUUCUGUGGCUCAAAUCGCAUCGACCAUUUCUUCUGUGACUAUGCCCCAAUCAUCAAGCUUUCCUGCAGCCAGAAUGUGCUCUCCCUCCUGGUGGUUGAGACCAUCCUCUCCUCGGUGCUGCUGCUCAGCUCCUUGACCGUCAACGGUGUCUCUUACCUCUACAUCAUUGCAACCAUCUUGCGCAUGCGUUCCAGCAAGGGCCGGCAGAAGACCUUCUCCACCUGCGCUUCCCACAUCACUGUGGCCUCCGUCUUCUUCGCCAGUUCCAUCUUCAUGUAUUCACUGCCCAGCAAGGGAUGCUCUCAAGAAGUCCAGAAGGCAGUUGCUAUCCUCACAGCAGUGGUGACCCCAUUACUAAACCCAUUCAUUUAUACUCUGAGGAAUGGAAAGGUCAAGGAUGUCUUAAAGAAUUGUCUAAAGAAGUGGGCUUGGUUCCAGUGA